CCCCACUGUAUAAAACGGCGCCAAGAGCCGGCGGCGCGUCACUGCGCCGCUUCUGCUGCUGCUGCUGCUGCUGCCCCGCGCGUGGAAGGACGUCCGCGUCGUCCGCGCGGUCCGCAUCACGUCAAGCGGAUUUCGCGUGAGCCCCCACCCCCGCCCCCACCCCUUCCUUUCCUUUUUUUUUUUACUUGAUUUUUUUUUCGGGUGGCCUUUUUGGACCUUUCUGGGGAACUCGGCCCCCAAAUAGACGAGGGUGCGCUCGCACGAUGGAGUCGGACGCGAGCCGCGUGUCGUCGCCGGAAGCGGACGCCGCCUUCCCGUGCAGGCCUCGCCGCCCCGCGCACGGCUUCCCUGGCGCCGUGUCAUCCACGCAGGGCGACUCGCCCGCGGCGGGGCCGCCGCAUCUGCGCCACCAUUUCCCGCGCCGCCGCCUCCGCCGCCUCCGCGGCCGCGACGACGACGACGACGACGACGAGGACGGCGACGCGGACGAGGACGCGGCCGCCGACGCGCUUUCGGCGGCCUCCAAGAAGGCGGAGCGCAAGCUGCUGUCGGAGCACGAGCUGCAGUCCAUCCGGCUGAAGAUCAACAGCCGCGAGCGCAAGCGCAUGCACGACCUGAACGUGGCCAUGGACGGCCUGCGCGAGGUCAUGCCCUACGCGCACGGGCCCUCCGUGCGCAAGCUGUCCAAGAUCGCCACCCUACUGCUGGCCAGGAACUACAUCCUCAUGCUCAGCUCGUCGCUGGACGAGAUGAAGCGCCUGUUGGCCGACGUUUACGGCGCGGGCGCGGGGGCAGAUCCGCUGCUCCCGCCGCCGCCGCCGCCUCCCCACGCCGCCCGGCCCCCCCACGGACUCCUCAAGGCGCACCCCCCGCCGCCUUCCUUCCAGCACUGGGGGGUCGCCGCCGGGAUGCCGUGCCCGUGCAGCAUGUGCGCGGUGCCGCGCCUGCACGCGGGAGACGCCGCCAAGUGAACGCGGCGCGCGCCGCUUGUAAAUUGGGAAUGUUUGGAAGCGAGGAGGGAAGGAAUAUUUAUUGACAAGGAUCAUGUGACUCCACCCAAGGAAAAUAAAGUCCCCAAAAUGACAGUGGGGG